GUGAGCCGCCCCUGUUACAUGUGAAAGAAGAGGGGUGGCGGCUAUUGUUGGAGUUUAGAGACAAAACACAUUAAACACUACAUGUUGUGAUUGGAGUUUUAAUUAUAACACAAGAGCUAGCUAGCCGGCAAUGAUAAUUAUAAUUUACAACUGUCGUGGGCUGUAAAGUAGUACUAUAUAAACUUUCUAUCGUUGAUAGAAUUGUGACAAAACAUUUGGUGAAUAUUUUCAACACAAACAUGGGUCAUGAGUCUCUACUGAUCACUAUUCUUUUGUUACCAUUUUUCAUCUUCUUCAUCGUAAAGAAACGUCGUCAACAAAACCUCCUACUCCCUCCUGGUCCUCCAAAGCUUCCAUUGAUCGGUAACAUGCACCGUCUUCUACACCCCGCACCGCACCGAGCGCUUAGCUACUUAGCCGCGAAGUACGGUCCCAUCAUGCACCUAAAGCUCGGGUUCAUCUCUACUAUUGUCAUCUCCUCAGCUGAAGCCGCUAGACAGAUCAUGAAGACUCAUGAUAAUAUCUUCUCAAACCGCCCGAAGCUCGUGGCUCCGGGAAUCUUGGGUUAUAACUAUAGCGAUAUAGCCUUUGCUCCUUACGGGUCGUAUUGGAGGCAACUUAAGAAGAUAUGUGUUCUGGAGUUCUCAACUGCAAAAAGCAUGGAUUCGACGCGCUUUAUACGCGAAGAAGAGGUGAAACUGCUUGUUGAAUCUAUUAGUAAAAGUUUGGAACCGGUAAACUUGGUUGAAAGGCUGUUUGCUUUGAAUCAUAAUAUUAUUGCUAGGGUUACGUUUGAUGAGAAGUUUGAUGAUGAAAUGAGGUUCCGGAUGGCGAUCCGGGAAGGGACCGCUUUGGCGGCCGGGUUUCAGAUUGGAGAUUUCUUUCCUUCGCUUGGUUUCGUUGCGAAACUCACAGGAAUGAAUAAAAGGAUGGAAGAGUGUCUUGUGGAGCUUAGUAACAUCAUGGACAAGAAGAUACAACAACGCAUCGAUCUGCGUAGAGUUGAGAAACCGCAACGCGAGUGUUUUGUCGACCUUCUUCUCCAGCUUCGGGACUCCGGCGAGCUCGACCAGCCAUUGACUACGGACAACAUCAAGUCUGUCCUACUAGACGUGUUCACGGGUGCAAGUGAGAAUUCGUCAAACAUAGUCGAGUGGGCGAUGGCAGAAAUGUUAAGGAACCCAAGCGUAAUGAAAAAAGCACAAACUGAGAUCAGACUUGUCAUCGGCGAAAAAGCUAACCCUACAAUAGAAGAGACUGAUCUUCCGAAACUAAAUUAUAUGAAAAUGGUAGUCAAGGAGACUUUAAGGUUUCACCCUCCGGUUCCUCUUUUGCUCCCACGAGAGUCCAUGGAAAGUUGUGUGAUCAACGGGUAUGAGAUCCCUUCAAAAACCCGAGUUCUUGUAAACUACUGGGCCAUAGCUCGGGAUCCUUCCAGUUGGAAGGAUCCAAAUGUGUUUAAUCCUGAGAGGUUUAUGGAUGAAAACAAAGAUUAUAGAGGUCAUGACUUCGACUACAUUCCUUUUGGCGCUGGUCGCCGAGUUUGUCCUGGAAUUUCACUGGGAAUGGCAAACACCGAGCUUUCUCUAGCUUCUUUGCUUUACCAUUUCGAUUGGGAGCUAGCUAAUGGGGAGAAACCACAAGAUUUAGACAUGAACGAGACAUUUGGAAUGACAUGUUACAAAACUUGUGGUUUAAGACUCGUUCCUAGCCUACGUUUCCCUAUAUCGACUUAGAUUUGAUCGUUUGCUGGUCAGUUUAAAAAAGUAUCACUUAAUAAGAUUCAGCUUUCGUAUAAGAUAUAAAAUCUGAAACGCUGAUGAUUCAAAGUUUGGUACUCGUCGGCAGGACCAUUUUUAUACAUGUAGACAUUGAUGAAUAUGGUGUAAAAAAUCAAUAAUUUUGCUUAAAGUCGAUAGUCAUUUACAAUGUAUGUUAUAACGAUUGUAUUUUAUUUGUACGUGUUAAAGGACCAUCGUACUUUAUUAAAUAAUAAAAUGAGAAUCACGUUAUCA